AUGUCUACUAGUGUGACGGAAGAUUACAGCAAGAUCAAAUCGUUUGCAAUUUUUCCACCUAUUGGUGUUGCACGUGUUGGCAAUUCCACAGAUUAUUAUGUCGGAGCAGAGAUUUCUGGAGUGUACGUUGGAGAGGGUGACACUUUCUUCAAAUUUAAGGAUGAAAAUAAUCGUGUAAGACCACAAGCUGCAAGGUUCAGGAUAUAUGGUUACGACGAAAGUGGUGUCGUGCGGGAGAUCAAGCUUACUGAUGAAAAUGAAAAUGUGAAAGUAAAAAUUGUCUGGACUGUUACACUCGCUAAUAAGAAAGCAGCACACACAAGAUUCUCCGGUAUCAAAAAGUAUAAAAUAGAUAACAUAAAAAGAAACCCUAAUUGGGAGCAUGAUAGGUCAGCAUUGAUAGUUACUAAAACGCAAGAUUUAUCCUCCGAUGAUGAAAAUAAGGAGAAAGAUUUCGAGGGGAUUAUUUACAAAACCAAUGAGCAUCCUGGACAUAAGUUAGAAUUGGGAAAGAUGAUAAUGGAGAAGGAAGGGAGUUUGUUAAUUAUUGGUGGCAAGGGAAAGUCUGGACGUGUCAAAAAAGAUGCUCUUAUUACUGAAUAUGCUAACAACGAUUAUUGGUAUGAUGACACUUCCGAUGGCUCCAUAGAUGCUACCGUUACCAUCACUAUUAAUGGAAAUGAGAAAACUCUCAAAAAUAAAGAGAGCAAGUCAUGGGUUCUUGUAGCACCUCCAAAAUAUGCACCAGGUAUUCCCAAUCUUGUAUCGUUAUAUCAAGUUAUCAAGGAAACACAGGGACUUAUUCCGAUGAACACAAGUAAUGUGGAAUAUUACCGUGACAUUCGUCCAAUAUUUGAUACAAUUCAUAAAAACUCUUGGGUUAAUCUUAUGGCUUUCAAUGGUCAUGGACUGAACUCGAAAGGUAAUUUUUUGAGACCAGAGUUGGAAAAACGUCUGAAAGAUAAUACAGAACAAGAAGAAGGCUUAAGGAAAAGCAUUUUCUCUCGUGUUCGGAAACCUGAUGGCAUCGUAAAUCCAUUCGAAAAAAAUGGUCAAGCUUAUGAAUACUUUAUGCCGCCUUUGUCUGGAAAUAGUGGAGAUGUCGUACCUUCUCUUCCAGAUACGUUUUUGACUGUUACUGCGGGUCAAUACCGUCUCUUAGAAAAGUGGGCUAGGGGUGAUUUUGAAGUGAACGAAAGUAACGAACCCACCAAGUACGACUAUCAAUUUUUAAGAGAAGGAACAGGCAGAUACCCAAAGUAUAGAAAGGAAAGCAAUGGAGCACCCGAGUACAAGGAGUUUGAAGAAGUUAUCACUGAUGUUUCUGAUCAAGUUAAAAAUCUUAGAAAAGCUCCGCUUGAAUGGUGUGUCGGAGGUCCAUUCUAUCCUGGAAUUGAAAUGACUUUUGUUGCAUACUAUAGUUAUACAUUUAGUAGUAAAUAUGAAUUUAGAAUUAAUGAAAGUAUUGAACCUGGAGAUAUUAACGCAUACAUGGCUUUACCUUGGCAAGCCGAUUUUUAUGAGUGCCGCGACCACUGGUGGCCAGCUCAAAGACCCGAUGUCGUGAUCCCACAAGAAAUACUGAUGAAAGAAAUUAUGGGAAAAGAAGAUAAAAUUACUUCAAAACACUUUCAAGAAUGGACCCGCGGAUUCAGAGUCAAUGAGACAAACGAUGAUGAACCUAAAUGGGGUGAUAUGGAUAUGGUCAAGGCAUGGGAUAGGCAAGCAGAUAUGUUGGGAUUUGUUAUCGAGGAGAAGAUUAAUGAAAAUACAAAAAUAUUUCAUGAGGUCGAACGCGGUAAAAUUUACAAUGACACUAGUGAAGGUGAUAUAGUAACCAACAUAACCACAGAUGAUCUUUAUGAUCUCCUUCAAAUCGCAUUGGAAAUUGAACUCACCACUAUUCCACCAUAUUUAUACGCUAUGUACUCGAUAAAGCCAGGAGAAGAUCCGAAUGAUAUGUGUAUUACUAGUAACCAUGUGAUAAAACUAAUCCGUCAAGUUGCUGCAGAGGAAAUGUUACAUGUAUCCCUUGUAGCAAAUCUUAUUGUUGCUAUUGGUGAUAAAUAUAAACCUAUCUUCUAUUCUCAGGAAGCGAUUCCUUCCUACCCGAACCCCUUGCCCCACGUUAGCCAAGGCGAAGUUAUGGUUAAUUUGUCAAAAGCAGAUGAAACUAAUAUCGAAACUUUUAUAAACAUUGAAAAACCCGAUGAACUAUUAAUGAAACACUCUAAACCUAUAUUUCAUAAAUUAAUGAAAUUACGUACAUCGCCUUUAGCUGGCAAUGUGGUGGCUGAUGAGGUCUCAGUUGGCAGUAUAGGAGAACUCUAUGACAUUAUCGAAAGAUGUUUUGAAAAGUUAGCUGGAGAAAUUAAAUACAAAACGACAUUUCAGCUUGAAGCUGGAAUGGGCUACGCUCCGAGCACAGGUACAGGAAACGAUGGAAUAAUUGUCAUUGAAAAUUUAGCGGAUGCUAAGAAGGCUAUUGAAUUAAUUAAAGUCCAGGGAGAAGGAUCACAAACCGAAGACGAAGCCUCUCAUUACAAAAAAUUCCAAGUCUGCUUGAAAUUGAUUCAAAAAUCUUGUGAGAAGGAUUAUCAGCUCUGGCCUGUUAUUGAUAAUCCAGAUCGUUCAACUUAUAAUGAUAAACCAGAUAUUAAACGUGUUGCCACAGCCUUUGAUGCCUCCUAUUCCUAUCUCAUGUUAUUGCUAGAAAAUGUUUGGAAAAUUGGUGGCCAAGACAAAAAUAACUUUGUGAUGGGUGGAUUACCAGCAUUGAUGCAUGGUGUUUUGAAACCUAUUGCGAUAUAUCUUGCUGGGACCCCAAUUUCCCCUAGCGAACACGCGGGAGCAACCUUCGACUAUUACAAUUUCACUCGUGGUGAUCCCUCGAAUACUCCAAAAAAUCAACUUAUUGGUGUUGUUGAUGCGGCAGGAUUUGGUAAAGCAGAACUUGAAAAAUAUGGUUUGAAACAUGUACUGGAUGUGGUCAAGUCGUUGCCAGAAAUAGAAUAA